AUGCAGUUCCGCGCUUCCCUUGCUGCCGCCACCGGCCUCUUCGCCAUGGCCAACGCCCGCAUCUACGGCAUCGCCUUCCCCGAGACCGUAAAGGCUGGCGACGAGGUCCAGGCCGUCAUCGAGACCGAGAACUACAUCCAGACGGUUGCGGACAUCGCCAUUGCAUUCGGCAUUGCCCCCGAAGCCUCUGCCUACCCCGGAACCCUCGGCCAGAAUGUCCUGGGCUCGUUUUACCUCGGACCUGAAAAGUCCAACAUCCUCGACAACAUCACCGAGACGGUAACGAUUCCUGCUGGUCUCGCAGCUGGCAAGUACGUUGUCUCUGCAGGCCUGUACAGCUUGUACGGCGCCUCUUCGUCCUCGACCCUUUCCAACUACAACGUCACCAUUGUUGUUGGUGACGCGACUAGCGAGACCUUCGUUGGCAGCCAACAGUAA